GGGGGGUUGGGCGUUUAUGUAAUCUACGGACAAGAGAAAUCUAGCACAGCAAAGCAUGGUAAAGUUACUCUGUGACCCCUGAUUUACGCCAUCACCAGCAGAGACGGGCAAUACACAGCCAAACUACUCCUGCGCAUCUCGAUUAGGAAAGUCUAAGCAAGAAAUAUCACUCGCAUCACGAUCUCGGCUCUAGUCAAGGUUAAGCCCGCAGAUUUGAAUGGUCUGAGACUAUAUUGACAAGCCUGUGUCUAUCGUUUCCUUUUUCGCGCACUCGAUAGUCACCAGUCGUCUCUCACUCCCUUUCCAUCACCUGCUGAGUCGCAGAUUGCGGCCAAGAGUCUUCAUGACGAUCGGCAUGGCGGCGGCCUCGCAUGGGAACAACACAGCUCCUCGGACUGCCCGAAAGGCAUCGAUCUCUUACCGCUCAAAUGGGAACAUUGUAACCAGCUCUCCAUCUGGCCCUUCUCUUGAGAGAACGAAACUCGACUGUACUACAAGAUCGCGAAAACCAGCCAAUGAGAUCGAUGGUCUGCGGGAUGAGAUCGUCCCAUUUGACAGCCCGACAACCCGUAUUUCCACGAAUGGCCAGGAGCCCGAUCGCGAGACCCGCGUGGUUUCCGAACAUUCGAAGGAGAUCUCGUCGGAACCCAUCCAUGGUAUCACAGACUCGGUCACAGGAAGCGAGUCGCAAACGCUGAGCAAUCGGUGCGGAGUUAGAGAGGAAAACGAGGAGAUUGUCACACCUCAUGAUAUUCCGUAAAGUCUGCCUUUCACGCCAAGGCGUUUGAAACAAGACAGCAUGGCGACAAACGUCCCCCCAUAGCCUCGACAGAAAUCUGAUAU